AUGUAUCUCUGCCAGGACGCCUACAUCGACAAAAUUGCGCGAAAAUUCAAGCUCUGCGACUCAAAGCUUCGAGUACCGUCAAUCCCGAUCACAACGAUCCCUCUCGUCAAACAUGAGGGACAGGCUUCCCAGGAAGAGAUAAAAGCAUAUCAGGAACGAGUCGGAUCUCUGAUGUAUAUCGCAGUCAUGACCAGACCUGAUAUAGCACGAGCAGCUACCCAGCUUGCAAGGUUCCUGACAAACCCAUCACCAGAGCACCUUGCCGCCGCUGAUCAAUGCAUCCCGUUAUCUCUACACGACGAGAUUCCUCGCCAUCAUCUAUGA